AUGCCUCACCUGGAGAUCACCCUGGGAGGUGCACGGUCGUCGAGCUCACUCUUUGGAGGCGCCCAAGGCGCUCUGGACGAGGAGCUGGGCUUCCAGUUGGACCUGGAAGAGGAAGAUGGAUCUAUCUCAUUGACUGGCAAGGGCUUGGAGAUCAGUGGAGGGAUCAACCUCAGCGAGAUGUUCAACGACAGUCAGGCGUGGCGUUUGGACCUUCGGAUGCAGGAGCUGCUGGCCACCUGUGAGGUGGAUGGGCGUGUGUCGCCCUGCAUUGGCCCCUGCGAGGAGUUGCGCUUGGAGUUCACUUUCGCACCUGACCGCAGGGUGAAGUGGCGCGAGCUGCCGGACUGGCCACCGCGGGUGAUGUCCGAAGCCCUCGAGGAGCUGGAGGAGCUUCCGCUGGUGAGCUUGGCGGUGUCCUCGACGUCAUGCCCUGUGAGGGCCAGUAUAGCCCAAGUGACCUUUUUUACGAAGCACGGGCUGAGCUGGGGCCGCUGGUUCUCGCUUCGGGAGGCGCUGUCCGUGCAGCUCGACGCUGCGGUGCCGGGAACUGCGCAGGGAGCACCCGAACAAGGCCUUGCGUCGGCGUACCGCCGGCGCUGGCUUCGGCGCUUGCCGCAGCUCUUGGACGUGGGAGUCCGCCCACGGGAGCAGGACCUGGAGCUGGGCGAGGAGCGCGACCCUCAGGGCGAGGCGGACCCUCAGUUAGUCGCCUUCGAGGCCCAGACCGCCUUGCGCGCCACGCUGCGCGAGCGGCGUCUGGCGCUGCUGGCGCCCAAGGCGGAGGAGGACGGCGCAGGCGGCUUGGUGUUCUCCUCCCAUCGGUGCAUGUGUUCGGAGACUCACACCUCCUAUGACAUGCUGCUGAGGGAUCCCACGGCCCGGCAUAGCUUCUUCCUCAUGGUGAGCUUAGCCUGUAGCGAAGUGGAGCUGCGGGGCGACUCUGCCUCUCUGGCCGUGGUGCCCACGGACCGCCGCGACGGACGGCUCGCGUCCGGCAUUGUGGUCCAGCUGGGGGUGCACGAUGCGCCGGACUUGAAGCCUCUCUCCUUGCGGCUCAUCCUCCACCACUGCGAGCUCCAGCGCCGCGUCGGCCCCACCGGCGCGGAGCGCGGAGCGCCCGCGCGGCACGCCUCCGAGCGGUCGGAGCGGUCGGAGCGCUCCUUGGGGCUGUCCUCCAUGACGAGCAGCGGGCUGGGCGUGGGCGGGGCUGUCCUCCAUGCGGAGCCGCCCUUGAUCAAGGUGGUGGGUGUGGCCUCCAUGUUGAUGGAUCUGACCGAGCCGCCCGAUCGCCGCGUCGCCGAGCCGGUGCCGCCGCGCUUCUGCCUGGACGUGGGCGACGCUGGCGCCGGAGGUAGCAAGCUCCAGGCGUGCUUCUCGUACCCCAUGCUGCUGGACAUCCUGGAGCUCAUCGGGCAGCUGCAGCUGGAGCUUUUAGAGGCGGUCUCCGAGGAGGAGGAGGUGCUGGAGCGGAGGCUCAGCGAGCAGCGGCGCUCGGCUGCGCGGCGGAGCUCGUUGAUGUACAUGCCCAUCAGCUUGGAAGAAGAGGGUGGAAUCGAUGAGGCUGAAACGCUUGCGCUGGUGAGGAUCCUGAAGCACAUCAGUGAGGCGCAGCUGGCCAGUGGGACUGCCGCGCUCGAAGCGCCGGGCAGCUGCCCCAAGGACUUCCGGGUGAACUGCGUGCAGGCCCCCUUGACCCUGCUGGUGCCUUGCGCCCGGGCCAUCGACGGGGCAGAGGAUCGGGUGCUGGGAGCGACGUUGGAGGGCCUGUUGGUCCUACAGUUUCGCCUCCAGUGCGAGCACCAGCCCGAGGGCGAGGAGAUGUCCAGCGGGCACCAGCUGGUCAGGACGGAGCCCCGCGAGAGCAAGUUCGUGUCCUCGAAGCUCAUCUUGGCUGAAGAGAUCUCGGCCUGGCUGCUGCCGGACGAUUUGGCGCGGGAGCUCCUGCAGCGGAGCUUUGCCGAUGUGGAAACGACGCAGCACCUGGGCCGCCCGCUGCUGCUGCAGUGUCACAAGGCGGUGGGCCGGCUGCUGGCCGAAGAGGAGCUGAAUCUGAAGAUGGAGAUGGAGGACCUCAUCAUCCACCUGAGCCAGUCGGAUGCCGUCCUCUUGUCGCUCCUGGCCCAAUCCCUGGACAGCGGCCCCGCAACCGCCGCGGGUGCGGGCGCUGGCGGCGACGGCACUGGGAGUGCCGGCCUCUGGAGUGACGAGGGCGCGGAGGGUGCCCGGUCGCGGAGCAGUUGGGAGGUGAAGUUGAAGGGGAUCUCCUUGCGGCUCCUGGAAGGGAGUGAGCAAAAGGUCUCAUCCCUACGGGUGCUGGCCAGACUGGACAUCGGAGCGCAAGUGUUGGAGAUGGUCAGCGGAGAGAAGGUGGAGCUGUUGAAAUACAGCCUACAGCAAGUGAUGAUAUCGGACAGGGAGGAGAAGAAGUGCUUGCUGCGGUGGUAUGGAGAUACUGAGUCUGAGCCCUGCGCGAAGCUCCGAUACAAAGGAGGUGAUGUCUCUCUGGCACUCGCCAAGUUGGACAUCAUCGCUUAUUGGCAGCUCUUCAGCGACGUCCUCCUUUGCGGGUGCACCAUGAAGAACGCCAUUGCCGCGCGUGCGGCUCCGGCGUCGACGCGCCAUGGGGGCGACAGCAGCGGAGGAGUGCAGGUGGCGUGGACGGUGCGUGCGCGGCUACAGCAGAUCAUGGUGUAUGUGCCCACGUUCGGAGAAGGGCACGAAGACGAAGCUGGUCUGGCCCUUUGCUGUGGUUUCCAGUUGGCCGGCGGGCCCCUGCGACACCGUCCAGGACAUUGGAAGGGUCGCCUGCAGGUUUCAGAGCUCUCGCUGGUGGCGCUGGACUCGGUGGACUCGCAGGGCCUCCCCGGAGAAGCUUGUUUGGCUGCCCGCUGUGCCUCUCUCUGCCCGCCCUCUGAGUACCAAGCUGAGAACGGCAGCGUGCGCCUGGACGUGUCGGGCGCGUGGUCUGCAGAGGUGGGGCAAGUGCCCGUGGGAUAUCGGAACUUCGAGCUUUGGCUGACCUCGGCCUCGAGCAAUCGCAUGCAUUUGUGGCUGCUGAACGAGACGGGGCACUGCCUGGUGGGCCUUCCGAGCUGCCCCGUCCCGGUGAGCGAGACUCUCCGGGUCCCGCGCCGGGUCGACUGGGGUGCGGGCAGUUUCACCCGACGCGCACAGGUGGGCGUCCAGGAGAUGUUGCGGAUUGAGGAGGUCCUCCAAGCGGUGCAGCUUCGGGUGUCGUUGGAGCGCAGCAGCAAGUCCGUGUCGGUGGGCCUGCUGGAGUACCACCACGAUGCCACCGCUGCGGGCAGUUUGCCGGCUGCCCCGCGGGCCAAACGCCGCGCUGCGCGGGGGGGCGUGGACGCGCCGACGUGCUCCUCCGAGCCAGCCCUGCCCGAGCGGCUCAACGGCGAGCGGGUAACCCGCGGGGUUCCAGUGGCGGAUCGUCGUUCCGGUGGCAUUGGAUCUGACUAG